ACCCGUGGCUGAGCCGGGAGUGCUGACGGGCCCGGCUGGGCCGGAAGGGAAACUGAAAGAAAGAGGGGAAGAGUAUUAAAGACCAUUUCUGGCUGGGCUGGGCAUUCUCAACUGCUCAACUGCCCAGCGUGACCAGUGGCCACCUCUGCAGAGUCUUCCACAACGUGGUCUUGACUGUCUGCUGAGCGAAGCAUCUGACCUCAGGCCGGCCGUGAACGUAAUUCCUGAGAGAUGGCAAACAUGCCCAACAGCGAGCCCUGUGCCUCUCCACUGGAGCUGUUCAACAGCAUCGCCACACAAGGGGAGCUCGUGAGGUCCCUCAAAGCGGGAAAUGCGUCAAAGGAUGAAAUUGAUUCUGCAGUAAAGAUGUUGCUGUCAUUAAAAAUGAGCUACAAAGCUGCCAUGGGGGAGGAGUACAAGGCUGACUGUCCUCCAGGGAACCCAGCACCUACCAGUAAUCAUGGCCCAGAUGCCACAGAAGCUGAAGAGGAUUUUGUGGACCCAUGGACAGUACAGACGAGCAGUGCAAAAGGCAUAGACUAUGAUAAGCUCAUUGUUCGGUUUGGAAGCAGUAAAAUUGACAAAGAGCUAAUAAACCGAAUAGAGAGAGCCACCGGCCAAAGACCACACCGCUUCCUGCGCAGAGGCAUCUUCUUCUCACACAGAGACAUGAAUCAGGUUCUCGAUGCCUAUGAAAAUAAGAAGCCGUUUUAUCUGUACACAGGCCGGGGCCCCUCUUCUGAAGCCAUGCAUGUGGGUCACCUCAUUCCAUUUAUUUUCACAAAGUGGCUCCAGGAUGUGUUUAACGUGCCCUUGGUCAUCCAGAUGACGGAUGACGAGAAGUAUCUGUGGAAGGACCUGACCCUGGACCAGGCCUAUGGCUAUGCUGUGGAGAAUGCCAAGGACAUCAUUGCCUGUGGCUUUGACAUCAACAAGACUUUCAUAUUCUCUGACCUGGACUACAUGGGGUCUGGAAGCAUGAGAGCCUUCUGUGAAGAUGCUCAGAGGGACUGCUCACAGCUGAAAGCUGGCAUGUUUUCCAACCGCCCUCAUCAGAGUCCUUACUCUCCCCCACAGGAUCCUUACUUUAGAAUGACAAGGGACGUCGCCCCCAGGAUCGGCUAUCCUAAACCAGCCCUGCUGCACUCCACCUUCUUCCCUGCGCUGCAGGGCGCCCAGACCAAAAUGAGUGCCAGUGACCCCAACUCCUCCAUCUUCCUCACUGACACGGCAAAGCAGAUCAAAACCAAGGUCAAUAAGCAUGCAUUUUCUGGAGGGAGAGACACCAUCGAGGAGCACAGGCAGUUUGGGGGCAACUGUGAUGUGGACGUGUCUUUCAUGUACCUGACCUUCUUCCUCGAGGACGACGACAAGCUCGAGCAGAUCAGGAAGGAUUACAGCAGCGGAGCCAUGCUCACCGGUGAGCUCAAGAAGGUACUCAUAGAGGUUCUCCAGCCCUUGAUCGCAGAGCACCAGGCCCGGCGCAAGGAGGUCACGGACGAGAUAGCAAAAAAGUUCAUGACUCCCCGGGAGCUGUCCUUCGACUUUCAGUAGCACUCAUUUUACAUAUGCUUAUAAAAGAAGUGAUGUAUCAAUAAUCCCAGCCCAGUCAAAGCACCGCCACCCGUAGGCUUCUGUCUCAUGAUUAUUAUUGGGCCUGGUCUCUGUAAGCCUGUGUAUGUUACCAAUACUGUUUCUUCCUGUGACUUCCAUUAUUUCCGUCUCUUAUGGGCAAAGCAUUGUGGGUGAUUGGUGCUGGCUAACAUUGCAUGGUCAGAUAGAGAAGUAAGGCUGUGAGUCUCUCCCCGGAGCAGCCCCAAAGAGUGGAGCCUUUUGUCUGGAAGUCCAUGGGCCACCCUGUUCUGGUCCGUGGAGGACUCCGAGGGUUCCAAGUAUACUCUUAAGACCCACUCUGUUUAAAAAUAUAUAUUCUAUGUAUGCAUAUAUGGAAUUGAAAUGUCAUUAUUGUAACCUAGAAAGUGCUUUGAAACAUCGAUGUGGGGAGGUUUAUGGAGCACAAGAUGUAUUUCAGCCCACACCCCCUCCCAAAAGAAAUUGGUAAGUAAAAGCUUUGCUAGACAUUUGACUAAGAAAUCACCCAGCUUUAAAGCUGCUUUUAACAAUGAAGAUUGAACAGAGUUGGGCAAUUCUGAUUAAUUGAGCCUUGGGGGUGAAACUGUCCAGUUUACUGAGCUCCAGACCAUGCAUGUAUUCCACCCCGGAAAUCAGCUCGCUUCCCUUGGCAUACCAGUUUUCCCCCGCCAAAUGACCCUAGACCCUCUGUCCUGCAGAAUCAGGGUGGCUUUUCCCCUGACUGUGUCCGAUGCCAAGGAGUCCUGGCCUUUGCAGAUGCUUCGUUUUGACCCUUGGCUACAGUGAAAGUCAGCACAGAGCAGGGCCCUGGCUGUGUCCCUCGACGGGUGGACUUAGCUAGGGAGAAAGUUGAGGCAGCAGCCCUCGAGGCCCUCACGGGUGUCUAGGCAGGCCUCAUUUCAUCACGCACCGUGAGCAGGUCUGGAAAAGCAAAGCCAAAUCUCAGGGAAGCCCUUGGUUGAUGUAUCUGGGUCUCCUCUGGAGCACUCUGCCCUCCUGUCACCCAGUAGAGUAAAUAAACUUCCUUGGCUCCUGCU